AUGUUCGGUUGUGCAACAGGUACUUCAAUUGAAGAAUGUGUCCAGAACCAGAAGUUGCGUCGGUUGGGACAGGUGUUGCAUACGCCUAACCAUCGUUUGCCGAAGAGAGUGCUUUUUUCCAUGCCCAGUUCAGAGUGGCUUAAUGACGGAGGCGGCCAAUCCUUGAAUUCGCAGAGAGAUUACGAAACACGGGUGCCUGGGACCCCUGGAACUCACUCGAACAUUGGUCAACAAAAGCGGAACACAUACACACAUCUGUCUAAAGGACAGUCUCAACCUCAUUCCAUCCUUCCCGGCGGACAUUCGGUUCCUACUUUUAUUGGCCUCCCAUCAGGGUGGAAACGAGAGGAGUGCACUCGUCCGUGUGGUUUGAGCACAGGGAAAACGGAUGUUUACUAUAUAAGCCCCAAUGGACAGAAGGUCAGAACAAAACAUGAGAUGAAAUUUCUGCUUGAUGAUGCAUAUGACAUUAGCACCUUUGACUGGAGAACGGGGAAGUUUCAAAUGUCAGCCUCAAAAGUUCGUAGAACUGAUGACUCUUCAAGUCCAACUUCUGCAAAGGUUCCUCGCAUGGAUUCUGCCUUUGUACGCCGUACAUCUCCCCCAGACGUGUUCACUCCUAUUGUUGUCCGAUCCCACCCGGAAUGCAAACGUACCGAUGUCAAGAACCUCAACCAGGAACCUCCACAUCAGCUUUUUUGGGAAAAACGUUUUAAAGGCACUUACGCAGUCGAUCCGGAAACUGGUGAGGCUUUCAAACAGCUUUCGUUACCGAAAGACAUACAGUCAGCCGGAGUACCUGGUUAUGAAGCCCCACAGUUAGUACAGAGCCUUGUCAACGCUCUUGCUACGAAGAGCUCACCCAUUACCGGUCAAGAACAACCAGUUUCAGCCUUUGAAAAGAAUCCCUGUGUAGCAGCGAAUAACUUGCAACCUAUGAUCAAGACGUACAUAGUUUCAGAUGAGGAUGUUCGACGCCAAGAAGCGCGCGUCAGAGAACUUCGUCGGAAGUUGGAACUCGCUCGCAAGAAACUCAAUCCACGUUAUUCGAGUGAACGACACGGAUAGAACAAUUGGAAUGACAUGAACCCUUGCCCCAGCCCUCAUUGUACCUAUUGCUAAGUUUGAGUGUCCCAGUGUAUAAUGCUUGCCUUCAUUCAUUGUUCUCAUGGUCAAGCUCCUUCGUAUGUAUACGGUGCACAAGUGCAACAUUGCAAACCUGUAUUCUGAAUAUUUUCUUGACCAAAUGCAUGAACUUUGUU